AUGGCAGCACCGACAUCCGCCACGGGCCAAGUACCCCCAUACCCAUACGACAGCGACGACAAUGCUCACUAUGCUUCCAUCAUCUCACCGGAACCCAAUGCCGCCUCUGCACGGAGUUCAGCUGAUCGUUCCCCCGAGACAAGACCACAAGUUCCAGCACCGGCCGAGAAGCACGGAAAACUAGCUGGGGCAGCAGAUACACGUCAGGAGUACAAACUGGUCACCUUCGCUCCAGGAGAUCCCGAUGACCCGAAAAACUGGUCAAAGGCGUACAAGUGGUACAUCACCAUGGUUGUGGCAGUUACAUGCUUCGUUGUCGCUUUUUGUUCCAGUGUUGUCACUUCGGAUGUUGGUGGCGUUCAGGAGUCUUUUGGAGUCAGCCAUGAGGCUGCGCUUGUUCCCAUCUCGGUAUUCGUUGUUGGUUUUGGUGUUGGUCCUAUGAUUUUUGCUCCUCUUUCUGAGGUCUUCGGGAGACGAAUCAUAUAUGGCUCAACUCUAUUGCUGGCCGUCAUCUUCAUCAUCCCAUGCGCUGUCUCCAAGAACAUCGGGACCCUCAUUGUUUGCAGAACUAUCGAUGGCAUUGCAUUUUCUGCGCCCAUGACAUUGGUAGGCGGCACCCUGGCAGAUCUCUGGAGGAACGAGGAGCGAGGUGUUCCCAUGGCUGCUUUCUCCGCCGCCCCCUUUAUUGGCCCCGCAAUUGGUCCAUUGAUCGGCGGUUUCUUGUCUGAUGCUGCUGGCUGGAGAUGGCUCUAUUGGAUUCAGCUCAUCUUCUCUUUCGUUGUCUGGGUCCUCAUCACCUUCACCGUUCCCGAGACUUACGCACCAACCAUCCUUGCCGCCAGAGCCAAGAGACUUCGCAAGGAGACAGGCGACAAUGGCCAUGUCACCGAGGCUGAGCUCGACCCAAGACCCCUCAAGGAGCGCAUGGGUGUCUUCAUGAUUCGUCCAUUCCAGCUUCUCUUCCGCGAGCUCAUCGUUCUCCUCAUCAGUCUGUACAUGUCGGUUCUCUAUGGCCUUCUGUACAUGUUCUUCGUCGCAUACCCUAUUAUUUUCGAGGUCAGGAAGGGGUACUCAUCUGGUAUUACUGGCUUGAUGUUUAUUCCCAUUGCUGUCGGCGUCGUGCUCUCGGCCGCCUGCUCCCCGUGGGUCAACAAGCACUAUCUCACUUUGGUGGCCAAGCACGGCGGAAAGCCACCUGCCGAGGUUCGUUUGAUUCCAAUGAUGCUGAGCUGCUGGUUCAUCCCCAUCGGCAUGUUCAUCUUUGCUUGGUCUUCAUACCCACAUCUGACCUGGGUUGGCCCUUGCCUUGCUGGUCUUCCCGUUGGUUUUGGCUUCAUCUUCCUGUACAACGCGGCCAACAACUAUCUUGUCGACUCUUAUCAGCACCAGGCCGCUUCAGCACUUGCUGCCAAGACGUUUAUUCGAUCUUUCUGGGGCGCUGGUGUCGUGCUUUUCACCGAGCAAAUGUAUGACAGGAUGGGUGAUCAAUGGGCCAGUACUUUCCUGGCCUUCUUGGCUCUUGCCUGCUGUGCCAUUCCGUUUCUGUUCUGGAGAUACGGCGCGAGGAUCAGAGCGCGCAGCAAGUAUGCUUUUGGUGGUGACGACGACCACAUGGACUCGGAUGUGGAAAAGGCGAACGCGAGAGAGCACCACGAUAUGGAGGACCUCAGACAGGCGAGAAGCUACGUCAGCAACCCUUAG